GAAUGACUACAUUUGCUAAACAACUACGUGUUAAGCAAAGUCAAUGGUUGCGAAUGGCCUUGUUGGUGCUGAGGCACCAGAGGAGUGGCCUCAGAAUGGAUCGUUCGUCUAUGUUUCGAGUUUUGAGAUGAAUGCGCUCAGUCCAACAGCCAUCUCAGCUCUUUGUUUUGAUCCUUAUGAGGAGCUUCUCUGGUGUGGCAAUUAUAAUGGACGGAUAGCAUCAUUCUAUGCUCCGUCAUUCGAGCGCUACACGGCGGUUUGUGCUACAAAUGCUGAAAUUCGUGCAAUGGAUGUCACCGAAGAGCUCGUUCUAUCGCUGUCGCCCGCUGAGCUCAAGGCUAAUACUCGUCAUGGUCUAGUUUCUUUCUCUUUUAGUUCGCAGUCGAUGCAAAAUCUUACCUCCAUGCGAAGGCUACAAACUACAUCGUCAAUGUUUUUGGGUGGAGAUCAAAAGAAACUUAUUCAGUUCGAUUUCGAGAAACAAAAGGAAAUUCGGGUGGCCGCCAUCAAGGAGAAGAAUGCGAAUAUAAUAAGAGUAAACGGAUCGCAGUUAUUUACUGCUGAUAGUGAAGGCAAGAUAGCCUUGCGAGCUUUGGGAAGCAUGGAAACAAUACGAACUAUACCUGCACAUAACGGUUUGAUCACCGAUUUUGACGUUAGUGGAAACCGACUGAUAACAUGUGGAUGCUCGAUGAGACAAGGAGUACCUCACGGCGAUCCUUACGUGAAGGUGUACGACUUGCGCAGUUUUGCAGCUUUACCACCAAUCGCGCUCUCAUUUGCACCUUCCUUCACCAGGUUCCUCUCGAUUCCAGAAUUUUGUGACAGUCGAAUUCUGAGUGUUGGGCAGAAUGGCCAAGCGCAAAUGAUGUUCCUUAAUGAAAGAAGCGCUGGAGUGCCGCUGAUUAUCGACUCUGGCGGGUAUCAUUUGACGGCAUUUAGUUUCUCAUCGACCAAGCACUAUCUGGCAUUCGCGGAUGAAAUUGGUAGCAUUCAUGUAUAUGCCGAUAGACCAAAUCCAACGGUCAACGAAUCGUCUUGGGAAACAGACUUUGCUGAUCCUUCGCUUGGACCCCCUCAAUCUUUCCUCAUCGACGACACGCAUACUCCCUUAGCCGCUAUACCGUUACCAUUUUCUUGUGACGACUCUUACCUUUCGGAUUGGCCGGAAGAGUUCUGUCAGAAUGUUUACCGGAGACCAAAACCUAUUCCUACCUCACCAUCUUUAUCUACUAUCCAGUUUGUUGGAUAUGUUGCUAACCCACGAGCCAACACGCCGCUGGCUCGUUUCAAUGUCGUUCCUUACUACCAAGACGGUCAAGAAGACAGUGAAGUCGAGGACCCGGGUCCUUUGAUUAUUCCACAGUUCUAUCGCAAGUUGGAGUUACGGCGCUCAAGGAGUGGACGACUUGAUGAUACUUCUGUACUAAAAUACAACAAGACUGACCAUGCACCAAUGGAGACUAUCACAUCCAGUUCUAUCAUCAACCCUAUAGUGCUAAUACUUUACCACGUACCUGCUUUUCGCAAUCUACUUUUAUCUCAUAUCUGUGAGGUGGAGCAUUGUAUCGCCUGUCAAAUGGGUUUUGUAUUCAGAAUCAUCAGCGACAAAAGCAAGUUGAAGGAAACUGCUGCUUGUACGAAUCUCAUUCGUUCCCUUUUGGUGAGUCGAGGAUGUGAACUGAUGGGACCAGUACAGACCACAACACAAAAUCUCUUCUCGAAUGUUGUUAACAUGAUCAACGGGUCAAUGAUCGAGGGUGAAUGUCAAGCACUGGCUGAUAUCUUGGAAUCUAGUCUGACUGUACUAUCGAGAUGUAUUCGUUGUGGUGAACUGAAUGCUUCAGAUGAGAAGAAAGUUGUUAUUUCGUUAAAUUAUCCUGAAGCUGCCAACGAACGGACUAUGAGUUACUUGCUAGAGAAGGCCUUACAUGCCAAAGGGCAACGUGAAGGACCAUGCGCCUCCUGCAAUGUUACGACAAGGACGGACGAUACCAGAAGGGUACAAAAGUUGGCGCCAAUACUCUUGAUUGACACAAAUCCGUCUAACCCAAAGUUUGCAGAGUUUUGGGAUAAACAGUUCAAAUUUUCGGAGUCACGACCUCGCUAUCGCGUUCCGGAAAAGGAAUGCACUCUAGAUGGUGGAGCCCGUCCUGAGCGCCCGUGCCGUUACGGAGCUGAAUGCCGCAAUAGAACCUACUGUAAGUACUCUCAUGGAACCGAUGACUGGGAUAUUGAAUGUGCUACCUGGCUUGAAGACAGUGGUUGCGGUGAUUGGAAACACUUCGUCUCUCCUUCAUUUUGCGCUAGAGUUGCGAAUGGUUUGGCUAUCCUGAGCGACAAACCGAUGGAAGGAGACUGUGAGCGAUACGAACUUGUGGCUAUAGUAGCCGCCAUAGCAAACAGCAGCGGGCAGUGGACUCAUUCUGUUGCCAUGAUUAAGGACGAGCUGGAUCCAAAGUUACCUUGGUGUCUCUUUAAUGAUGUACUCGUCACUCGUCUUCAUACCGACGAAGCACUGCAUAUGGAUUCGCGAUGGAAGCUUCCAUUAAUUCUCUGUUACGCCAACGAAAAAUCUGGACUUAUGAAAGUACCCGAAACUCGGAUGCCAAUCCCUGCCACCGUUUUCCAAAACGAUGCGAAUCUCACUGGAAAUGAUGAGGUCGCGCGAGACAGAAGGACUUUCAAGAUUCCUGGCGAGGGUGAACACAUCGGAAUCGAUGCCGAAUUUAUAAAUCUCAACUGCAACGUCGAACACAAAGGGGACAAGGAGCAAGGAGUGAAAUCUGUUGGGCGAGUGAGUUGCGUAGAUUCGACUGGCGAACAGAUUUUGAUUGACGAUUACGUAGUCACUUGCGAGGGUGACGUGGUGAAAGAUUAUCUCACGCAGUUCAGUGGCAUAAUCAAAGACGACUUGGAUCCAAGCAAAUCAACGAAGCAUCUGACAACCCUGAAAUGUGUUUAUCUCAAAGUAUUGCACCUAGUUGAAAGAGGUUGUAUCUUCGUAGGUCAUGCUCUCGUCAAUGAUUUCUCUGCUCUCAACAUCUACGUACCUGCUAAGCAAAUGAUUGAUACGGUGGAACUGUUCCGAAUUCCGCAAGUUCCACAGCGUUUAAUCUCACUGCAGUUUCUGGCGUUCUAUCUACUAGGGGAAAAGAUCCAAGACGGGAUCCACGAUUCCGUGGAAGACGCGCGUGUCGCGCUGAAAUUGUAUAGAAAAUGGGAGGAACUGAAAAAUGAUGGCACUCUCGACAGCGCUCUAAGCAACCUUUACGUGAUCGGUAAGCAAACGGGCUUCCGGGUUGAUCGCACGUCAUCAUCAAAAAGCGUAUCUCCCGUGUCCGAAACCGCAGCUAGUGGAGCAUCACAUAGUUUAGAGUAAGGGAAGGGUGUAGGUGUGUACAUUUUUUGGUCUGUCUAGUUUGUGGGCAAUAAUUUCCUUUAACUUCCUUUUGAAUCUCUAAUAGCGGUGAAGUGUCUAACUUGAUACUGGAGUUGUUUCACUGUAAUUAUGUACAACAUGCAAUUGUAAAUAGACUCAUAAAUAUCAUCUUACCAAAGUACAAUUUAUUUAUUUUCUGUUUGAUCACCUUUCACUUUGCUCUUCCUCUUUUCUAGAAAUACUGUCAAUGAAAAUACUGACUAAAUACAACUGAAUAAACUAUGU